UCUACUUUUCAAAAAGAGAAACCGGACUUGGAGAGGACUCAUCUCUCCAUAUUUCUUCUUUCAGCCUCAUCAAGGAUCAUGGUGGGAACUUCCCAUCAGUUCUUUCCUUAUUCUUCUCUCUGUAGCCUUUGCCCAGUGCUCUGCCUGUCACAGUGAAGUCAGCUGCAGGCCUCCAGAGUGUGGCUGUUCAGCUGCGAAAUUUGUCAGAAGGGUGUCAGGUAUUUCUUACUGGCUCCCCAAAGACUUAGAUAAAGAAAGCUUUCAGAGUCGUUUCCAGGCUGCAGGGCCACUGUCUUGAGUUGAAGGAGAAGGAGCUGGAAGGCAAUAGACAAACAACAGAGUGAAAGAUGCCUCAGGGCUGCCUGCCAACCUGGGUGGACACGUUUGGGAUCAGACAUACUUACCUUGCCCAGGCUAUGCACCAGCGAAGUUAAGUGAUUUUCUAUUGAAAGUUCAAGCCCAACAAGACUAUGCUGCUCUUUUUUAUCAUUCUGUUGCCUGUAGUUUUAAAGUUUACUUCUGUCAGUCCCUCAGCCCUGAAGUUCUGGAACUGUCCUGAUGGCUCUCCCUCGGGGAAUGGGAAUUCUACUUGUGUGGGUCCUGCACCCUUCUUAAUUUUCUCCCAUGGAAACAGUAUCUUCAGAAUUGACCUGGAAGGGACUAAUCAUGAGCAAUUAGUGGCAAAUGCUGGCAUAUCGGUGAUCAUGGAUUUUCAUUACAAUAAGGAAAGACUCUAUUGGGUAGAUACAGAAAGACAGCUUCUGCAGAGAGUUUUUAUGAAUGGGACAAGGCAAGAGAGAGUAUGCACUAUAGAGAAAAAUGUUUCAGGAAUGGCAGUAAAUUGGAUAAAUGAGGAACUUAUUUGGUCAAACCAACAUGAGGGAAUCAUUACUGUAACAGAUAUGAAAGGAAACAAUUCCCGUGUUCUCUUAAGUACCUUGAAAUAUCCUGCAAAUGUAGCAGUUGAUCCAGUAGAAAGGUUUAUAUUUUGGUGUUCGGAGGAGGCCGGCAGCCUUCACAGAGCAGAUCUCAGUGGUGUGGCCGCGAAGGUUCUGUUGGAGACGUCACAGAAAGUAACAGCCGUGUCACUGGAUGUGUCUGAGAAACGGCUCUUUUGGAUUCAGUACAACAGAGAGGGAAGCAAAUCUCGUCUGUAUUCCUGUGAUUAUGAUGGCGGUUCUGUCCAUUUCAGCCAACAUCUUACACAGCACAAUUUGUUUGCGAUGUCCCUUUUUGGUGACCGUAUCAUCUAUUCAGCGUGGAAAAAGAAGACGAUUUGGAUAGCUAACAAGCACACUGGGAUGGAUAUGGUUAGAAUGAACCUCAAUGCAUCAUCUUUACCCCCUGGUGGAGUUAAAGUAGUGCAUCCCCUUGUACAGCCCAAGGCAGAGGGCAGUGCUACAGUGUCUGAUCAGAAACAGUGCACACUGAGGAAAGGUAACUGCAGAGGCAGCAUAUGUGGGCGAGACCCCAAGUCCUACUCGUGCAUGUGUGCAGAGGGAUAUGCUUUAAGCCAAGAUGGAAAGUACUGUGAAGAUGUCAAUGAAUGUGCCUUUUGGAAUCAUGGCUGUACUCUUGGGUGUGAAAACAUCCCUGGAUCCUACUAUUGCACAUGUCCUGUGGGAUUUGUUCUGCUUCCUGAUGGGAAACGGUGUCACCAAUUAAUUUCCUGUCCAAGCAAUGUGUCUGAAUGCAGCCAUGACUGUGUGCUGACCUCAGAUGGUCCUGUAUGCUUCUGUCCUGAAGGCUCAGUGCUUGAGACAGAUGGAAAGACGUGUAGUGGCUGUUCCUCUCCUGACAAUGGUGGCUGCAGCCAGCUCUGCCUCGCUCUCAGCCCAGCGUCCUGGGAAUGCAGCUGCUUUCCUGGGUAUGACCUGCAGGCGGACUGGAAAAGCUGUACAGCCUCAGGACCACAGCCGUUUUUGCUGUUUGCCAAUUCUCAAGAUAUUCGACACAUGAACUUUGAUGGAACAGAUUAUGGAACUGUGCUGAGCCAGCAAAUGGGAAAGGUUUUUGCCCUAGAUCACGACCCUGUGGAAAACAAGAUAUACUUUGCCCACACAGCCCUGAAGUGGAUAGAGAGAGCUAAUAUGGAUGGUUCCCAGCGAGAAAGGCUUAUUGAAGCCGUAGAUGUGCCAGAAGGUCUUGCUGUAGACUGGAGUGGCCGCAGAUUCUACUGGACAGACAAAGGGAAGUCUCUCAUUGAAGGGAGUGAUUUAACUGGAAAACAUCGUGAAAUAAUCAUUAAGGAAGGCAUCUCUCAGCCACGAGGAAUUGCUGUUCAUCCAGUGGCCAAGAGAUUAUUCUGGACUGAUAUGGGGAUUAAUCCACGAAUUGAAAGUGCUUCCCUUCAAGGCAUUGGCCGGCUGGUUAUAGCUAGCUCUGAUCUGGUGUGGCCCAGUGGAAUAACGAUUGAUUACUUAACUGACAAGUUGUAUUGGUGUGAUGCCAAACAGUCUGUGAUAGAAAUGGCAAAUCUGGAUGGUUCCAAACGCCAAAGACUUGCUCAAAACGAUGUAGGUCACCCAUUCGCUGUAGCUGUGUUUGAGGAUCACGUGUGGUUCUCUGAUUGGACUAUGCCAUCGGUAAUAAGGGUGAACAAGAGGACUGGCAAAAACAGGGUACGUCUCCGAGGCAGCAUGCUGAAGCCCUCAUCACUGGUUGUAGUUCAUCCUUUGGCAAAACCAGGAGCAGAGCCAUGCUUCCAUCGGAAUGGAGGCUGUGAACAUAUUUGUGAAGAGAGGUUUGGAACUGCUCGGUGUUCAUGUCGUGAAGGUUUUGUAAAAGCCCCAGAUGGGAAAAUGUGCCUGGCUGUGAAUGGCCAUCAGAUAUCAGCAGGUAAUGAAGCAGGUCUAAAUAAUCAAGUAACACCAUUGGACAUCUUAUCCAGGACGGGAGACUUUGGUGAUAACAUCACAGAGUCUCCACCUAUGCUGGUGGCUGAAAUCAUGGUGUCAGAUGAUGACGACUGUGGUCCUGUGGGAUGCAGCAGGCAGGCGCAGUGUGUUUCAGAGGGUGCAAAUGAUGCCACGUGUCAGUGUCUGAAAGGAUUUGCUGGGGAUGGAAAACUAUGUUCUGAUAUAGAUGAGUGUGAGUUGAGUGUCACAGUUUGCCCUCCCACCUCCAAGUGCAUCAAUACUGAAGGUGGCUACGUUUGCCGGUGCUCAGAAGGCUACCGAGGAGAUGGGAUUCACUGUCUGGAUAUUGAUGAAUGCCAACUGGGCAUGCACGCCUGUGGGAAAAAUUCCACCUGUACAAAUACAGCGGGAAACUACACCUGCGUGUGCUCCAGCAGCCUGUCUGAACCGGGACGGAUUUGCCCGGACUCUACUCCACCCUCUCUUUUAGGGGAGGAUGGCCACUAUUCUGUGAGAAAUAGUUACAAGGAAUGUCCCCCCUCUCAUGACGGGUACUGCCUCAAUGAUGGUGUGUGCAUAUACAUUGAGGAAGUUGACAGCUAUGCAUGCAGGUGCGCCGUAGGCUUCGUCGGGGACCGCUGCCAGUACCGAGACCUGAGGUGGGAGCUGCGCCACGCCGGCUACGGGCGGCAGCGGAACGUCACGGUGGCGGCCGCCUGCGUGGUGGCACUGGUCCUGAUGCUGAUCCUGGGGCUGUGCGGGGCCCACUACUACAGGACUCAGAAGAUGCUAUCAGAAAAUCUGAAGAAUCCUUACGAAGAGUCAAGCAGAGAAGUGAGCAGUAGCAGGCCUGCAGACAGUGAGGCUGGGAUGUCCUCUUGCCCCCAACCUUGGUUUGUGGUUUUAAAGGAACACGAGAACCUCAGGAAUGGAAGUCAACCUGUGGUCCUCAAAGAUGGCCAGGUGGCAGAUGUUGGCCAACUUUCCCUGGAGCCUGGGUCAGUGCAAGUGGUGUCCUGGAUGAAGGAGUCCCAGAUGUGCAUGGGCACAGAGCGCAGACAAUGCCUUCCGCUGCCCGGUGAUACAGGCUCUUGUCCGCAAGCAGUGGGGUGUAGCUGCCAUCUUCCCUCCUGUGGGGCACAGCCCACUGCUGUGGAAGUUGGGAAGCCACGUUCUCUUCUGUCAGCUAACCCACAUGGCAACAAAGGGCCCCGGAUCCACCACACCAAAUGGAGCUGACUCAGUGAAAACUGGAGUUCAGGAGAGGGUCCAGAAGCACACACUCUAUUGAUGGACAGUAGUGCUUCAUUUCAAAAAGUAGAGGGAAAAUACAGAUUUUGGUUCCAUAAUCUCUACGACUAAUCACCUAAUCAGUGUUCUGAAGACAAAUAUGUAGUUGUGCUUUUGUUCUUCCUUCAAAGAGUCUCACUGCAGAUUUCCAAGGAAGAGUAACUGGGAGAAUCACUGAGUGACUCAUUAAAAGCUGAAGCACUGUCAACGCAGAAACCGUGUGGACUGCAGCCGAGGGACAUCUGGGGUCAAAGCGGGGAGUCACACUGACCGGUCAGCCACAAAGGAACUUGUUUUAUCUGGACAAAAUAUUUAUCUCAAUCUUAUGAGGUGGUUACAGUAUUAAAAUUACUGUUACAAUACAUUGUAAGCACUUAACAUCAUUUGUGAGGUCCAUGUUUUGCAGCAUGAAUUAUGAUAAAUUAAUGAAAAAUGUACUAACUUUGAAACUUAUUUCUUCAGAAUUAGAUGGCUUAUUUUUCUAUUUUAAAAUUUUUGAAUGAAAACAUUUAAUUUUUAAAACAUUACCCAAGAGACUUUGUUUCUCAGUCAUUA